AAUGAAUAUUGCCUUGGCAUCUUACGAUGUUGAAGGGAUAGGCUUGAGGCUGUGUAAGGAUCUUAUGCAGCACGCUUGACGUGAUGCUGGGCUCUGUCGUCUCUCUGCGUUGGGUACUCAUAUCGCUCAACUUCGCUCAGCCUGUCCACGUUCCUAACACAGACGCUAUUGGUUGCCCUUGGUCUUGCUCAAUUCCUGCGCCUCGUAGGUUGUCAAAGGUCGUGUGCGAAGCUAAUCGGAGUCCCCCGGAGGAGCCACCACGGCCAUGUACCUGGAUACUGGUGGUCCGCUUCUCUCUUUCUUCGCGAGAAGUUGUGACAAUAAGCGAGGUCAAUGAAUAGGGGCCACGAUUUGAGUUUCUUAGCUGGCACGAAAUCCUCCGGUAAGUUCUCGUUCGGGAAUGGAGUCGUCGAGUC